AUGUCAGAUUCAGAGGUCGCUUCUAACGCCAUAGCUACCCAAAUGGACGAUAUUCGAUACAUUGAUGUUGUUUACCGGAAGUGCGGGAGCUUUUUAUUGGUUGCAGGCCGAACUGAAAUUGUUUUGUAUGCUAUAAAAGAUCCCAACACCGGCCACCCUGAAAGUGUAGCAACGCUAUGUUUGGCCAAAAAUAUUAAACAGCUCCGCGUCUUUUCAAGUUCGCUCUGCAAUAGCAUUGCCACCGUUUCUUACGAGGACCAUUCUAUUGAUAUGUUGUCGUUUCUUGAGCAAUCCAAUACUCUUGAGCUUAUUUCGAUACCUUUUGAGCACAAAAUGACAUCCAAAAUUAUAGAUGGAUGGUAUGUUGAGGAUGACAACAAAAUGCUAAUCUUUUCUCCCAAUGACAAUGCACUUGUUUCAUAUGACAUUGAGGAGAAAACCUUUACGGGUGUUUCCAAGCUUUCUUCCUUUGCAUCUGAGCUAACAUAUUUCCAAGUAAUUGAAAAAUUUUCUUCUUGCCAUUUUCUUGCUUGCAUUGAGACGGUUGCGAAGAAAAGAUCGCUGAUUGUCAUUGAUACCAAUGAAAAUAGCAUCAAACCCUUUGAGGAUCCCACAUUUUCUCUGGAUAUUCCAGAAAGCCAGCCUCCUUACUUUCAUUGUGUCUCAAUACCUGCUAUUGCGACAGAAAAUGGGCUUGAAGGGCUAGCCGUUUCAAUUUUACUGUCAAGCUGUUCACCUGAUUUAUGUAUCUUAUAUUUCAAUAAGCAGACCAAUUCUAUUUCUGUUUCCAUUCCAAGUGAAGACGAAGAUUUAGCUACUCUUCCUAUGCUUCCAAAUGAGAAGCAAUCCCCACUUGAGGACGAAUAUGAUACAUUUUGCACAGGUAUCUCUGUUAGUUAUUGCUGCCCCUGGACUUUUUCUUUCAAUUCUUCUAAUGAAGUGGGGGAGGCAAAGCCCAAAAAGCACCCAUUCCUAUUCUUGCUGAAUUCAAUUGGCUGGAUUGUUGGAUAUUCAUUUCUCUUUCCAGAGGGUCUGUCCGUUCCGAUGAUUGAUACCCCGUUAAGAACCUUACCGAUUCACAACAUGGAUUCCAAUGAAAAACUUUCGUCUUUGCCAGAGAGUCCCCUUGAGGCAAAGAAACCUGAAAGUAUACCGGAAGAAAUCAAAGAGACUUUACGGGAGGGCCAACUAAACCAAAGAUUAGGGGUUAAACUGGCUGCUAAAAUGUCACCAGACACUUUUGAAAUAGAACCUACCACAUCGGGACCUGUUCAAUCAUUUGGAGCUGAAAAUGAUAGAUUUGGCAUGGAGUCGCUGAUAUUGGAUCCAAUUUCUCAUGAAAUCAAGGAUGUAUUGGACCUUUCAAGUGCAUCUCUCUCGCUUUUAAAAAACUCUGCUAUUCAUAGUUACGAAAUUGGACAUAACGACCUUUCUUCGCUCACAUCGAGCAUAUCGGAAAAGAUUUCAAUCUUAAAUGAUGGCCUAAAAGAUGUAAAGCCGCUGAUUUUGUUGGUUGCCGAUCUGCAGCAGUUUAAAGACCUUUCAAUUGACGAGUUAGUCCGCAUUAAAGACAAUUUUUCUACAACUGCCCCUGUUGAGGCCUUGGUCGCGCAACAAUACACAACCUGUUCGGAGAAACUAUCAAAGCUUGAACGGAAAAUCGAAAAGUUGGAAAGAAAACUUCAAGUGUUAAAUCCUGAAACUACAGAGCCCAUCAGUCUCGCCUGGCAGCACAGAAUCCAGCAAUUAGAACAUCAAACUGAAUCGA